AUGAUUGUUGCGAAGACAGAAACCUUCGCUAUCCUAGAUGAACUCGCUUACUUCCAACAAGCUUAUGAACACUUGAAAAUAAACUAUGAUCCCAUUUUGUACGAUAUCAACGGGCCUUUCAAGAAUGACAGCCAAUUUGAAGCUGAGAAGAAUCCUAACAGACGUAUUCGGAAGAGGAAGAGACCAGUUUCCUCUAACCACGAAAUGGAAAACGAUUGCCUAUUAGUGAAAGAGCAACAUGAGAAACUCUUGAGAGAAGGUCUCACUAUGGGCUACUUCAAAGAGGUCGCAGAGAAGGAUAACAAUCGAAAAGCCCGAGAGAAAGCAAAACAGAUCGAUUGCUUCUUCCAAGCGUCGUCUUCUAAAGUCCUAGAAGAUUAUCAGUUGACUGACGAUGACUUUGUUAUGAUCAAGGAGUCCCAAUCCUUUUAUAGCAAUAGCCUUUCUCAGGCCAUAACUAUCAAUGUAGGAAGUGAUUCUAGUAUUGAGAAGUGCUGUAUACCAGGAUCAUCCUCAUUUGCUCUGGGAGAUAUAUCCUAUAUCUACCGAUGGAAAGAAGAGAAACAAGAGACAUUUGAUCUGAUUGUGAUGGAUCCCCCAUGGGUGAACUUUUCGGUGAAAAGAACAAACAAUUACAAACUAGAUGAUCAUUGGCAUAGCUCGCUACCAAACAUGGAUAUGUUAUCAAGCAGAGGAUUAUGUUGUAUUUGGAUAACGAACAGAAAAGGGAUAAUGAAUGUUGUGGAAGCUUUGCUGGAACGCUGGAAUCUCAAAAUAUGUUCUUUAUGGUACUGGUUGAAGGUUACCAAAGAAGGAAAGCCUGUUUGCGAGUAUCAAACUGAUCAUAAAGUUCCUUUUGAACGUGUGGUCGUGGCUUGUUUUGCCGAUCAAUUAAGUUAUUGGAAAAGCAAGAUAGCAGAUAAAUUCGUUUGUGCAAGUAUACCAAUGGCUGUGCACUCGCAUAAACCACCCAUGGCCCUGCUUCUGUCAUCGGCAGGCUUAGAAUUUGAAAAAAGCUGUGAGCUGUUCGCACGAGGACUGUUGCCGAAAACAGUGUCUGUGGGUUUGGAAUGUCUCUACAUGCAAAGAUGGUGUAUGUAUGAUAAGACCCAAAAAGGAACAACGAUGACGGCUUAA